AUUCCCUCUACUCUUCUUACUCUCGCAUUGUAUUAUCCAAAACCAAAGCCAAAGCAUUAUCAGAAGCAGAAAGAAGAAGAGGUUGCAGCGACAAUGGCAGCCAUGGCUGCUCUUCAGAGCUCAAUGACCGCUCUCUCCCUCUCUUCCAACUCUUUCUUAGGCCAACGCUUUUCUCCCGCCACUCUCUGCCCCCUUCUUCCGGGUAAGUCAUCAGAGAAGCAAUGUCCUAUUGUAAUGAGGCUUAAACGAUGGGAACGAAAGAAGUGUAAACCAAACAGCCUUCCUAUCUUGCACAAAAUGCAUGUUAAAAUUGGAGAUACAGUGAAAAUCAUAUCUGGACAUGAAAAGGGUAAAGUUGGGGAGAUUACUAGAGUCUUCAAGCAUAACAGCACUGUUAUAGUAAAAGAUACAAAUUUGAAGACAAAGCAUGUGAAGAGUAGAGAAGAGGGAGAACCAGGGCAAAUUAUUAAGAUUGAAGGUGCUAUCCACAGCUCAAAUGUGAUGCUCUACUCCAAAGAUCAGAAUGUAACAAGCCGUGUGGGGCAUAAAGUCCUUGAUAAUGGUAAAAAAGUCCGGUACCUUAUAAAAACUGGAGAAAUAAUUGAUACUACAGAGAAUUGGAAGAAACUGAAGGAGGCUACUAAGAAAACUGAAGAAGCUGCUGCUGCUGCCUAGUUUUACUCAUGUAAUUCAUUGAUUCACUAGUACUGUAACUCUAGCUGUACUUCUUGUGAACUUAUUUUUUUUUCCAUUUUAUUAUCUAAUGUAUAUUUUUAGUCUGUCUGUUGAUUUCCACAUAAUAAAACAUGGGUGAUUAAAUUUGUUUGUC